AAUAUGUAGAUUGUCAUAAUGGCAUUCAUUGCUUAUUCAGUCUCUCCAUACCUAACCUACUUGUCCCAUCCUCCACUCUUUACUCUCUUCUUAACUUCACCUAAUUAAUUCCUCACAUACCUUACCCUCCAAGACCAAACCUCAAAUAGUAGUUGCUCUAGUACAGAUACAUGUUUCUCUGCCCUUAUCAAAACUCAUCAAAACCACACCAGAAACAAUAGACAGCAACAUAAAAGACGUAAGGUAACUCUGUGUAAUCCAUAGAUCUUGAUGAUGGAGAAAGGAACUGGUAUUGUUGUUACAGCUACAAGAUCUCCCAUGCAGCUUAUGAUGGGACGUGCUGUUACUGCAACAAGUGAUCAGGAGCUAGAAGGUAACACAACUACCUUCCUACGCACUGCCGAGACUUUCCUGCGUCUACUUCCCAUUGGCCUUUGCGUUACCGCUCUUGUCCUCAUGCUUAAAAACUCCGAAGAAAACGAUAAUGGCUCUGUCUCCUACACUGACCUUGGAGCUUUCAGGUAUUUGGUUCACGCGAAUGGUAUUUGCGCAGGUUAUUCCCUACUUUCGGCUGUUCUUGUUGCUGUCCCCCGCCCUACUAUAUCUCGGGCUUGGACUUUCUUCUUCCUCGACCAGGCACUAACAUACAUAGUUUUGAGCGCGGGAGCUUCGUCGAUGGAGGUGGUGUUCCUGGCUGAGAAUGGAGACAGUGCAACAGUGUGGAGUUCAGCUUGUGGUUCUUUUGGUCAGUUUUGUCAUAAGGUCGCAGCUUCGGUAGCUAUAACGUUUGUAGCACUGGUUUGCUAUGUCAUUCUUUCUGUCAUUUCCUCUUACAAGCUGUUCAGUAUGUAUGAUGUUCCAGCAAGUAGCACCACUACUGCUACGGGCACUGACCAUAUUGCUCCUGCUUUCCGUGGCUAGCUUACGCUUAUGCUUGUUGUGUUAUAGGAUGAUAAUUUAGCAGUUAAAUUUUCUAUGUUUUAUGCUCAAGAUAGGUGUGGCCAAUAAUAUUAAAUGUAUCUAUGUAUUACAAGAACUUUGUUUAUUAUAUAUAUGGUUCAUGGAUCCUUUUAA